CAUAAUGUGCCUUCUGAUGCAGCCAAGCGAACCCCAUUAGCUUGCCAAGCUUGUCGAAGGCGCAAGACAAAAUGCGAUUCUGGUUAUCCCUGCACCACAUGCGCAGACUCUGGGGAAGCAUGCGUACGCAAAACUUCCAGUGUGCAGCUGGUCGUUCAAUGUGCGCGAUCGUGGAGUGAAAAAUUAAUUGGAGAGGAAAUGAACCCGCCACUAGGAAACAAGAAAAAUGCUACCGAGUUGAUUUCGACUGCGGAAUUUAUCACGGCGCAGGUCAAGGCAACUGAUUUUGACCAUUUCCAUCAAGCAUGGCCAUGGAUUUAUGUUCCUACUUUUGCACCUGACAAGCAGAAUACUCUGCUGACUAGUGCUUUAGCAAAUCUGUUUAUAUGGAUGCAGAAUGCCAACCACCAUCAUUUUGUCCCUGAUGCAAUCAAUCAGAGGUUGACCCUAGCAUUUAUGCCGAAGGCAAUGGGGAAUACAUUGACUGGGAAGCCUGCAGAUGUACCCCUACAAACUUUGCAAGCUUUAGUGACAAUCUUAACUUAUGCAAUUUUGAAUGAGGCUCAGACAACAACAUUGACUUGGGUGGCACAGUGGACGGAUAUCUUUAUAUCCACAUUUCGACGAAUUAGGGCCCUGGAUAAUCGAUGGCCCCUAGAGGGCCAACAACAGUCAAACGAGGAGUGCUGGGUUCUUAAAGAGCAGAUGAAGCGGCUAGUUUAUACUGUUCUGAGAAUCGAUACAUAUCUGUCCCUUAUCUUAGAUCGGCCCCCAACGAUGCGAUAUCAGGAGAUUGAAUUGCCAUUACCCGUCUCUGAAGAUAUUUGGAGGGCCGAAAAAAUGGAAGCCGGAGCAAGACUACACUGGCAUGGGCCGACAGGGCUGCGCUGCGCCUUCUCCACAGUUAUUCGGGACGGACUCGAGAGACAAUUUUCUGAGACAGGAUAUAUACAAAUGCCUCACCUAUCCCUUGAACACGAAAAUCUCAGGCUUUGUGCGUUUUUGUCGGAGCUUUGGGGUAUUUCCCGAGAGGCUCAGAAUGAACAACACCUGAACUAUCUAUCACCCAAGAUGAACCGUACUUCGGCGCGUGUCAAGCUGUGGAAGGGAUACCUCCACAAUUGGUGGGUGCACAUAGGAAAUACCGACAAACUGGAAGAUUCGUUCUUUGCGGACGCUCCUGCUGACUGGCAUCCUUUCCUUGGUCUCAACCUCACAUUAUACCACCUACUCUGCUUGAAAAUGUUCGCGAAUUUACGAAUGCUAGAGUUCAAUAAAUGCAGCAUUUAUUGUCGAGAAGCAGAUAUCGACAAUGCGACCACCACCUGGGCUCAGUCCACUGACGGUCGACAAGCAGUAUAUCAUGCCGUACAGCUGAAAUGUAUCUAUGAGCGCGAGAAAAUGCUUUACAACUUGAAUAAUCAUCAGGUAUCUAACGUCUUAUGGCCUAUUGGCCUGCUAACCAGUGCAAUUGUUCUCUGCGUUUACAUCAAGGUGUCUGGUGUAGCUGAAGGGGACGCGAUGAUCACAUCUGGGGAAACUAUUGAGUUGACCCAGUCACGACUAGUGGAUACGCCCGAGUUCGAUCAUUGGAUUUCUGAAGGUGGUAUGGCAACUAUGGAUGGGGUGCCGUUGUAUGCGUUUUCGGUACCUCUAUUUUCGUCGUGGUAUCAAGAACAGCUAAAAACUAGUCCAUUGUAUUCUUCACGACUUGCUUCCUUUCUGCUCACGUUAAAGAUAUCCUACUCCUGCUCAACCAACUAG